UAUAGGUAGAUACACUGUAAAAACGGUUGACAGUACUCAAUAAGUAAAGAAUAGUGUAAAUAUGUAUCGAACGACGUUAGUAGUGCUUCUAGCGGUGUUCCUCUGUACUAAGGGGGAGCAUCUGCAAGUCGGGACGAGUAUGAACAAUGAGUUGAUCUACACUGAGAACGUAAAACUGAGCGCUGUUCCUCUGACUACAAGGACUAAGAAUGUGUUCUUCAAUGGAAAUGAUACCAGAGUUAUUAAGGGUAUCUGGGCAAUAGACAUGGACAACUCGAAGGCCAAGGCGACAGUGACGUCAGGAGGCGUCGGGUUCACCUUCACCAACCUGAAGAUCAAGAGCAAACGCGGAGACGGCCUCAACUUCCAAGUGCAGAUAUUUGCGUGAUAAUAAACUCUUGUAAACUAAAUGCUGA